AUGCGCUUCCUCCCCAUCCUCCUCGGCUUCGGCGCCCUCGCAGCCGCCCGAUGCGGUACAGGCCGUGCCUCUGAAGAGCAACGGUCCUACCACAAGUAUCUCCAUGAAAAAGAAGCCCGCGAGGCCCAUCAGCCUGCUACCCGCGAUGUGUUCGACGUCGAGAUCGACACCUACAUCCACAUCGUCAACGGCAACAGCACCACAAACCACACCCAGAUCCCGCAGCGCAUCAACAAGCAGAUGGCCGUGCUGAACGAGAAAUACGAGCCCACCGGCUUCUCCUUCAAGCUCAUCGACGUCUCCUACACCAACAACGCAAGCUGGCUCAACAUGCAAGACGGGUCCGACCAGGAGCUCGACAUGAAGCGCUCUCUCCGCCGCGGCGACUUCAAGUCCGCCAACAUCUACUUCGUUGACCUCGAGGAAGACCUGCUUGGUGUCGCAACAUUCCCCACAAACAAAGGCCCCAACAAAUUCAAGCUCGACGGCAUCAUGUGCUCCCUCGCAACCCUCCCCGGCGGCCAAAAGCCCUACGACCUCGGCAUCACCGCCGUCCACGAAGUCGGCCACUGGCUGAACCUGCUACACACCUUCCAGCCCCCCGACGACGCCGCAGAGGACGACCUAACCGCCGGCUGCCGCGGCCACGGCGACUUCGUCAUCGACACCCCCGCCGAGGGAACAUCAGCCGAGGGCUGCCCUCGUUUCCGGGAUACCUGCACCGGCCGGAACGAGACGCUGAAUACCCAUUCUAUCAACGGACCUGACCCUAUUCAUAACUUCAUGGAUUACACGGAUGAUCGCUGUCUUACGGAGUUUACCCGUGGGCAGAUUGUGCGUAUGCAGAACUCGUGGGAGCUGCGCGAGCACUAUACCCCUGGUAUUGGUGGGCGUCGUGCGAGUCCUCAGUCUGGGUGGGGGCACUAA